UUAGUGAGUGUCCAUGUUUUUGCUAGUGUGUGUGUGUGUGUAUUUGUGUUUGUGAGUGUUCAUGUUUUUGCUAGUGUGUGUGUGUGUGUAUUUGUGUUUGUGAGUGUCCAUGUUUUUGCUAGUGUGUGUGUGUGUGUGUGUAUUUGUCUUUGUGAGUGUCCAUGUUUUUGCUAGUGUGUGUGUGUGUGUGUGUGUGUGUGUGUGUGUAUUUGUCUUUGUGAGUGUCCAUGUUUUUGCUAGUGUGUGUGUGUGUAUUUGUGUUUGUGAGUGUCCAUGUUUUUGCUAGUGUGUGUGUGUGUAUUUGUCUUUGUGAGUGUCCAUGUUUUUGCUAGUGUGUGUGUGUGUAUUUGUGUUUGUGAGUGUUCAUGUUUUUGCUAGUGUGUGUGUGUAUGUGUGUGUGUGUGUGUGUGUGUGUGUGUAUUUGUGUUUGUGAGUGUUCAUGUUUUUGCUAGUGUAUGUGCGUGUCUGUGUUUGUCAUUGUGUGUCUGUGUGUGUGCGUGUGCGUGUCUGUGUUUGUCAUUGUGUGUGUGUGCGUGUCUGUGUGUGUGCGUGUCUGUGUUUGUCAUUGUGUGCGUGUGUGUGUGUGUGUGUGUGUGUGUGUGUGUGAGGUAAUCUCUCUGCUCAGUAUCAGACAGUAGAUGCUCCAGUGUAGCUCCAGACGGUGUGUUAUAGAGAUUGUCUGAGUGUGUGUGCUUUUGGUUACGUAUUUCGUCAUGACCCUGCAAGGCUAGCGUGACUGUUGCUGCAGUGCAUUAUGGGAGCUUCUGGGAGCUGCAUAACGAAAGACGAGGAUCGACUCAAAGCCAGCAGAAGUGAGGAGGAAUCAGAGCUCUGGAGGGGCAGCAGAGGCCAAGGAAAAAUGGAGGAGUUUAAAGUUCAGACUGCGAAGCACCCCGUCCCCAACAGCUCCCCCAUGAGGCCGCACAGCGAACACUCGAAGGAUCACGCCGAGCUCUCCAAGAAACGCCUGUCGUCUGCGUCUAACGGCACGAGCGAUGGAGGAGCCGGAGCCAAAACGCCUGUGGAGAUCACAGCGCUGGAGGAGUCCUUCCGCAGAUUCGCCAUCCACGGAGACACGCGAGCCACCGGCAAAGAGAUGAACGGCAAAAACUGGUCCAAGCUCUGCAAAGACUGCGGCGUCAUCGACGGCAAGAGCAUCACCCUCACUGACGUGGAUAUAGUCUUCUCCAAAGUCAAGAUCAAAUCUGCCCGCACUAUUACCUACAGCCAGUUCAGAGAGGCGCUGGCGGAGCUGGCCAGAAAACGCUUCAAAGAGAAGAGCAGCGAAGACGCCGCCGAGGAGGUUUACAAGAUGAUCGAAGGAAAAGCCCCCGUCAUCGCAGGAGUCACGAGAGCCGUAGCGUCCCCAACCGUCUCCCGCCUGACGGACACCAGCAAGUUCACCGGCUCCCACAAGGAGCGUUUCGACGAGACGGGCCGCGGGAAGGGGAAAGCCGGCCGCGUGGAGCAGCUGGACACGUCUGGAUACGUCUCGGGAUACAAGCACGCUGGCUCGUACGAGAAGAAAAUUCAGAAACCUCCUCAGAAACCCCUGUGAGAUUCUCCAGCAGCCGCAGAAGAUAUAAAGCACAAAGGGAUUUUUCCAUUUUCUAUUGAGGGUACGUCUGUUUUCCUCCCCCCGGUGAAUAACCUGUUCCUCCUCCUAUAAGUGUUUUAUUUCUAUUAACUGGAACGCUGUUUACAUCCGACGUCACCAGCUGGUACGUUCCUAACAAAACCCCCAUGAUGCCAAGAGGAAAGUGACUGCAGUAUUGCUCUGGAGAUCGACAUCAAAUGCACACGUCGAUGUUUGGCGUUUUGUUUCUAAAGAUGCAGUGGAGUCAGGCCUGAAAUAUGCUUUACAUGCCAAUCUGAUUCAAUUCAUCGUCAUUUCUCUAGCGCUUUUACAAUAUAGAUCGUGUCAAAGCAGCUCAACAGAGAAGUUCUAGUAAGUUCUGAGCUUGCAAAAAAAUAAUUGAAAUCCUCCUGGGAAAUUUGGAUUCUUUAAAUAUUUCACAUGUGCUGUUAACAGAGCAAGGAGAUUUUCACAGCAUGUCCUAUGAUAUGUUUUUUUUAAUUAGGCUGAAGUAAAGCUAUGUUUUACACAAUUUUAAGGUCAAUAUUAUUAGCCCGCUUAAGAUUUUAUUUAUGUGCUCCGGUUUCCCCAACAAGUCCAAAAACAUGUGGUACAGGUGAAUUGGGUAAGCUAAAUUGUCCGUUGAGUAUGUGUGUGAAUGAGUAUGUAUGGAUGUUUCCCAGUGAUGGGUUGCAGCUGGAAGGGCAUCCGCUGCAUAAAACAAAUUCUGGAUAAGUUGGCGGUUCAUUCCGCUGUGGCGACCCCUGAUUAAUAAAGGGACUAAGCUGAAAAGAAAAUGAAUGAAUGAAUGAGAGGUUAUUUAUUUUUUUACAUUCCAGGACCCACCUAGACAAAUACAAUCAAUUUGAAGACCCAUCCAUAAUGUAUAUAUGGUUAGCACUGUCACCUUACAGCAAGAAGGUCGCUGAUUCGAGUCCCGGCUGGGCCAGUUGGUGUUUCUGUUUGGAGUUUGCAUGUUCUCCCCGUGUUCCUCUGGGAGCACCGGUUUCCCCCACAGUCCAAACACAUGCGCAAAUUGAAUGGUGAAUUGAAUGAGCUAAAUUUGCCAUAGUGUAUGAGUGUGUGUGAAUGUGAGUGUGUAUGGGUGUUUUCCAGUACUGGGUUGCAGCUGGAAGGGCAUCCGCUGUGUAAAACAUAUGCUGGAUAAGUUGGCGGUUCAUUCCACUGUGGCGAAUCCUUAUGAAAAAGAGACAAACCUGAAGAAAACGGAAAUGAUUGCAAUACCAAAAGGCUAAUUCGAAACGGAAAGAAAUUAUAUCCAUUCAAAGGUCGAAACAGCAGCAUAAUGGACAUGUUAAUGUUAUGACAGGAAUAGCUGAGUCUAACCGGUUUACAAGGACAUGCAACUAUCUUUUGAAGAACUCAAAUUUAAUUUGUUCAUUAAUUUUUCUUCGGUCUCCACAGCGGAAUGAACCACUAACUAUUCCAAUAUAUGUUUUGCACAUGUUGAUGCUGUUCCAGCUGCAACCCAGUACUGGGAAACACCCAUACACACUCAUUCACACACACACACACUCAUACACUACAGAUAAUUUAGUUAAUCAAUUCCCCUAUAGCGCAUGUGAUUGGACUGUGGGGGAAACCGGAGCACCCAGAGGAAACCCACGCCUACACCAGGAGAACAUGCAAACUCCACACAGAAAAAGCCAACUGACCAAGUCGGGAUUCGAACCAGCGACCUUCUUGCUGUGAGGCGACAGUGCUAACCACUGAGCCACCGUGCCACCCCCUCAAAUUUCAUAAUUAUUUUAAAAAAUCUAUAAACUUCAAGCUUACAUGAAAGGUAAAGUAUAAAGUGAAGCUGUGAUCUCUCACCUUUCAUUCACCCUAAUGAACCUAGUUCAGCCUUUAAAUGUCACUGAAGUAUCUUGCUAAGUAUCUAGUCUAAUAUCUUGUGCUGCCAUCAUGGAGAAUAUCAUCAAAGAUAAAUGACAUCAGUUAUUAGAAAUGAGUUAUUUAAACUAUCAUGUUAAAGAGAUCUCUCUGAUAAACAGCACUUUGGAAAUAUUUGUGUUUAAGUGUUAACGUUUCACUGGAGUGCUGAUAACUGUGUCUUUAAUUGUACUUUACAUUUUCAUCUUUAUUUUAAUGCAUAUUGCUGAUGAUGUCAUCUGAAGCAACUUGCAUUGAAUUAAGUGUGUUCAAUUGAGUCUCUUGCUUGUGUGAUGAUAUUA